GCGCAGGCGCGUUGCCUGAUCGCGGCCAUCCCAUCUGCAAUUUCCACCAUUUUAUAGCAUUUUCCUUCCGGUGGCCGCUGCAUUUGUGCCGUUGAAAAAUCUCUAAAAGCUCUGCAGUUACUAUAAAAAUCUAUAAGAAAAAAAGCGUAUUGACUUGAACAUUUUCUACUCGAACAAACGACAAUAUGUCUAGCGAAAAGGCGACAGUACAAACCCCGAACAACUUCGACAAAUGUUUGGUCGUUUUGCUAGACGUUCUCGGCACAACCACCUCCAUUAAUUUUGCAAAGGAAACCCUCUUUCCCUUUGUUACCAAAAACGUAGAAGAAGUUUUGACAAGCAAAUGGGAAGAUGACUCGAUUAAAGCCGCUGUCAAACAACUCCAAGAAGGUGACAAAGACCUUGACCUUGAAGCUGCCAUCAAAUUGGUAAAAGAACUCACUGAGAAUGGCAGUGAAAACCAAGGCCUUAAAACCAUCCAGGGCGUGAUUUAUGAGAAAGGCUACGAAAGCAAAGAUCUAAAAUCUCAUGUCUUCAGUGACGUUCCUGCUGCAUUAGAAAGUUGGGCAAAAACGCGAAAAGUUGCCAUCUAUUCCACUGGCAGUACUGACUCCCAAAAACAACUCUUCUCCAAAACUGUAGAAGGUGAUUUGUCCGCACACAUUACAAACUACUUUGAUCAAUCCGUUGGAACCAAGACUGAAGCAGAUAGCUACAAAAAAAUUGCUGAAGAACUCAAAGUCAAACCAGAAGAAGUGCUUUUUGUGACUGAUUUAAUUGAAGAAGCCAAAGCUGCUAAGUCAGCAGGUUUGAUGGUUGCAGUAAUUACUCGUGAUGGCAAUGCUAAACUUCCAGAAGACACCAAGGAUGUUGCAGUGAUUUCUAGCUUCAAAGAUAUAUGCUUUGAAAAUGCUGCAAAAAGAAAAAUUCCUGACGAGGCUACAACUGAGGAGCCUCCAAGUAAAUUGGCAAAAACUGAGAAAAUUGCUAAGCCUGAAGAAAAUGCUGAAAAAGCUGAAACAACCGAGAAAAUUGAAUCUGAAGCAAUGGAAGUGGAUUCCAAAGAGGAAUCAAAACCUGAAGAGACUGCUGCUAAAAAGACUGAAGAAAAUGCCCCCAAAAUUGAAGUCAAUGCCACAAAUGAAGAUGUAACAAUGGCAGACAGUACUGUCACUGAACCAGAGAAAAAAGCUGACAAAGAUGAUAAAAUAGUCACUGAAAGUGAGAUAAAAACUGGUGACGCCAAACCAACAACAGAAAAAGUUAGUGAAGAAGCUAAAGUAGAAAACAAAGACGAAGGUAAAGUAGACAGCACAAGUAACAAUGAAGUUAAACCAGAAAAGGUUGAGGAAAAGAAAGUAGACAAUGAUGAAGCUGAAGCAAAAGUAGAAACAAAGUCAUCAGAAACUAUCCCUGAACCAAUUGAGCAAAAGCCAGAAUCCACUGAAGACAAACCAGAAACAGUUGAGGAAAAUAAGUCUGACAAGGAGGAAAAGAAAAACGAAGCCGAUUGUAAAACGGCGGACAGCAAAAUAGAAGAGAGCAAUGUUGAGGAGAAAUGCAAGGCUGAAGAAAAGAAACAGGACAAUGAAAUAGAGGAGAAGAAAGUGGAGCCUGAAAGUAAGAAAGAAGAAAAGAAACUACAGGCCGACAACAAAACUGAAGAAUCAAAAGUUGAAAGUGAAGUGAGUUCUACCGAAGAGAAGCCAGAGCCUUCCAAAAUUGAAGAGACUGUUGCUAAGAAGGCUGAAGACGAAAAGGAAAACAAGAAAGACAUGGCCAAUGGUGUUGAGAAUGGGGAUUCGGUUGAUAAUGACAAGGCGACUAAUGGAGAAUCCAAGGAUGCUCCAAAAACCAAUGGUGACGCUACAAGUACCACUGACAAAAAAAACGGCACUGAAGAAACUGCCGAAUCUUCGGUAGAAACUGCGGAAGAAAUUAAAGCGAAAAAAGUUGAAGCCAGUCUGGCUUCAACUGAGGUGAGCGUCUCGGUGUAAAGGUGUACCAUUGAUGAUUAUUUUAUUUAUCUGUUAAUAAUAUUUAUAUGUGCGUUUAUCGACGAAUUAAAUAAGAGUAAAACAAAAACAGUGGAUUUAAAACAAUAAUUGUUGAUUUGGCAGCUUUUUGAUGAGACCUAGAAGUAUUUUUUUAUUUGAUUUACUUGUAAUUGUUCCACUGUUUUUGUCUGCGUUUUUCAUGAUGAUGAUUUGAAUAUAUUUUUUUGUUCGUUUGUUUAAUUAUUGAAUUCGUCGUUUUUUAAUUCAAUUCAAGUUGCUUUUCGUAAUUUAGUUAUUUAGUUUUUUUUACUUUGAAACAAAUUCGCUGUAGCUCACAUCAUGGCAAAUUUUUUAGAACUAUGUUUUUUUAAAAAAUAAUUGCUAUUAGUUUUAAGCAUCAGUGAAAAAAUUAGUGCCGAAUAUUGAAAAAGAAUUUCUCAAAUAAUUAUUGACUGAAUACAUUUUAGUGGGCAUUUAGUAAAAAAAAAACCUGAUACUAGUCAUUAUUUGAAAUCAUUUGAUGUCCAAAACAAGCUUUUUUUAAUAUUCGACAUAAUUUUUUCACUAUUCUAUUGUAAGUAGGUACAGGGUUAAGGAUAAGAGUAAACAACUUCAUUUUCAAUUCACUGCCUAACACUUUUCUUUUGCUCUGUACAACAUAUUAGUAAUGAUUAUUCCUUGUGUAUUGUUCCUAAACGGUUCCGAUAAUAUUGUCUCUGAAUUUGUGCCAAUAAAAUUGAUUUUUAAUCUACAAGACUAAAUUGAAGACUGGGUUUCCAUAAUUUUUGUCUAAAUGUAAUAUGUAAUUAAUUGUAGGAUAAUAAUUGUCUAUUCAUAGCUCCAAAAUGACAGAUCCGUUUGGCAUAUCACUAUUUUUUUUGGGGUAUAUACAUUCCAAUCCUAAAAUACUCAUUUUGUGUUCUUUUGUUUAAUACUCAAAUUGUUGGGCCAAAAAAAAAAACUAACUGACUGGUAUGGUAUUAAAUUUGUGAUAAAAAAGUUAACAUUUUUUGAGAUAGGGUUACUAAAUUUUUAAUGUGUGAUGAAGGGCCAGCAAAAUUUUUUCUUAAGUAUUGAUAACUGUUUAAGCAUAUUUAACUUAGUGAAAUGGCCUAAUUUGUUUUCUGAAAAGGCUGCUAUUCAACAAUAUCUUGUAUACGUUUUAACACACAAUAUUAUAAUAAAUUUUGUAGUGUUCUA